AUGUUAUUCUCUCCAGAUAGGCUCAUCCCGGCUCUUUACCAGAAAUCACGGCUGGCUCCAGUCUGUGGGUCCAAGACCAGUCUUCAAACCAUCGUCUCAGCACAGCAGCUGAGGAUCGCAGAACUCUACGCUGACCAGAAUGUCGUGGUAUCAGCAAAACCCGGAUCAGGCAAAAUCGCCACCAUAGAAGCAAUCGCGGCUGCACAUCCCGAUAAGAGAAUUGGAAGCAUUCUCUUCUCAAAGAGACUUCAGAGUGAAACCUCUCAUCGUCUCAGAAAAUACCACAACAGCGAUGUAUACACUUUCCAUGGCAUUGCGGGUCUCCUCCUUGGACAAGUGGUUCCGAGCGAUGAAGCACUUAUCAAGCUCUUGGAGAAUAUCGACAAGUGCGGCAAGCUUCCACGAUGGGCCUCAAAACCUUUCGACAUCAUUUUCAUCAACCGUGUCUUCCUUGGUGGAGAGCAGUACAUCUCCAGUUCGAAGCGUGGCCCAAAGCCCAUUGUCCUGAGAUGCAACAUUUGGGACAGUCUGGCAGUGGCGGGAGCGAUCUCCCCCCUGAUCAAACGUUACAAGCCUGAGAACUGCGUGAUAAUAGCACGCUCUAUCCGUACGAAAGGACCGUUGCAAGACCUCACAAAUGCGUUGGCCCAGGUCUAUGGUUUGCCGAUAAAUGUACCUCCUGAUGAGGAAACACCUCUCGACGACAUCGUGAUCAACGGAAAAUUGUGUAUCUCUACGAUACAUCAGUUCAAGGGCCGAGAGCGUAAGCUUGUUGUUCUUCUUGGCAUCGAUGCCUCCUAUUUCCAGUUCUUCGGCCGCGACUUGCCAGAUGACAGCUGA